AUGCAACAACAUCAGAAGGAUCCACGAAAUGCGAAUUGGACAAAGAAGAAACUGAAUACCUGGGAUUUAUCAUCAAUUAGAGCGGGAACAAAAAGCAUACAAGGCCAUCCGGACACAUCGGACAUCACGACCAAUACUGGUACACUUCGACCCAAACCGAAGAACAAUGAUUGA